AUGACGGUGCAGGGUUUACCGAACGGUACUGGACCGGUUGACGACCCUAGAGAUGAAUCUCCCACCCCUCACACACAACCUGCCGAAGAAUUGGAGACCAUAACCUUGAGCGAUGAGCAGCCCGAUCGACAGGUUAGAAUCGGCACUAGACUCACUGCGAACCUCCGAACGCAAUUCAUAGACUUCUUGCGGCACCAUUCGGAAGUUUUCGCAUGGUCUUACGAGGACAUGCCCGGCAUCGCCCCGGACGUGAUUAGCCAUAAACUCACCAUCUCCUCCGCUUAUAAGCCCGUAAGGCAGAAGCGCCGAUCAUACGAUGCCGAACGAACUGCCGAAGAUCACCUGCAGAACUUAUCGAUCAUGUUCGGCAUACUAAAAGACUACAGGAUGAGGCUGAACCCGAAGAAAUGCGCCUUCGGUGUAUCUUCCGGGAAAUUCCUCGGAUUCAUGAUCAGUCAGAGGGGGAUUGAGGCGAAUCCCGAGAAAAUAAAGGCAAUCAUCGAUAUGGAGAGGCCGAAGACGACGAAGGACAUUCAGAGCCUUACCGGACGCGUGGCCGCCCUGACCCGCUUCAUAUCGAAGGCUACCGAUAAAUGUGUACCGUUCUUCAAAGCCUUGAAAGGGGGCAAACGGGAUAUCACAUGGACUGCCGAAUGCGAUAACGCAUUUCAAGCCCUGAAGAACUACAUGAGCAAAGCCCCCCUUUUGUCAAAACCGCUGCCUGGGGAAAUUCUCUACCUCUACCUUUCGGUAUCCGGAACUGCCGUCAGCUCGGUACUAAUUCGGAAACCAGAGAAGGCAGAAUUACCAAUCUUCUAUGUCAGCAAGGCACUCCAGAGUGCGGAACUUCGGUAUCCCCCAUUAGAGCAGCUGGCUCUAGCCCUUGUUGUCUCGGCACGAAGACUUCGGCCAUACUUCCAGGCACACGGGAUCAAAGUCCUGACCAACCAACCCCUCCGGCAAGUCCUCCAGAAACCAGAAAUUUCGGGCCGAUUGAUCAAAUGGGCGAUCGAACUCGGGGAAUUCGACAUACAGUUCGUUCCGAGGCCCGCGGAGAAGGGCCAGGCUGUUGCCGAUUUUAUCUCCGAGCUUACCCCAGCGACAGUACAACCGACAUCUGAGGCAAUUACCGAGACCAUCUUGCCGGAUCAACCAGGCGCCGAACGCCUCGACACAUCAACUCCCGUCUGGGGUUUGCACGUCGAUGGCUCGGCAAACCAGCAAGGAUGCGGAGCGGGCUUGGUGCUGACAACACCGGACGGACUCAAAAUCGAGUACGCCCUCCGAUUCGACUUCCGGACAUCCAACAAUGAAGCGGAAUACGAAGCCCUCUUGGCCGGCCUUCGGUUAGCCAAGAGCAUGAAUGCAAAGCAAAUCCGAAUUCACAGCGACUCCCAGCUCAUUGUGAACCAGGUAACGGCAGACUUCGCCGCCAAGGAUGCCUCCAUGUACGCCUACCUUUCAACCGCCCAUCAGCUACUCCGAAGUUUCCAAGCAUACGAGAUCAAACAGAUCCCCAGAGGCGAAAACAGCCAUGCCGAUGCUUUGGCAAGACUCGCUUCGGCGAUAAACGACAAAGUCGGAAGAAAGGUACCAGUGGAGAUCCUUGCCCAACCGAGCACGGUAACCUCCGAAGCGUGUGCCGUACGGUAUGAGGAUACAUGGAUGUCUCCCAUCUACUUAUACCUGACGAACGGCACCCUUCCUGAGGAUAAAGCCCAGGCCCGAAAGCUGAGAUACCGAUCAGCAAGAUACACAGUUAUCAACGAUGUACUCUACAAGCGCGGCUACACUACCCCGUAUCUCAAAUGCCUCACGGCAGAGCAGGGGGAGUACAUCCUUCGGGAGAUUCAUAGCGGUGUGUGUGGCGACCACUCUGGAUCCCGAUCACUCGCUUACAAAGCCUUUCGGCAGGGAUACUUUUGGCCUACCAUGCACCAGGACGCCAAUUCACUAGUGAAGAGGUGUGACAAAUGCCAGCGCUUCGGUAAUGUCCCACAUAUCCCUGCUGAACCUCUCACACCGAUUGUAAGUCCUUGGCCUUUCGCACAAUGGGGACUGGACCUGAUUGGCCCAAUGCCGCAAGGCAAGGGGCAGCUGGACAAGGCAAAGGGAGCCUGGCCGGAAAAGCUUCCCGAAGCACUGUGGGCCAUUCGGACGUCUUACCGAACGUCCACUGGAGAAACCCCUUUUUCUCUGGCCUUUGGAUCGGAAGCAGUGGUACCCGUGGAAAUCGGCGAACCUUCCUACCGAACGGAAGCCUUCGCACCGAAGGAGAACGAGGAGGCCAUGUCUCUAAGCCUUGACCUACUCGAGGAGCACCGAGCACAGGCCAACCUUCGGAAUGAAGCCUACAAACAGCGUGUGUCUCGGUAUUAUGACUCUAGGGUCAGACCCCGCUCUUUCCGAAUCGGGGACUGGGUCAUGCGCAAGGUGUCGCUUGCGACGAAGGAUACCACGGAAGGAACCCUCGGACCUUCCUGGGAAGGACCUUAUGAAGUCAUCGGUAUCCUUCGCUCGGGAACCUACCGAUUGAGAGGCUCCAACGGCAAGGCCCUCGGCCAUCCUUGGAACGUAGAACAUCUCAAAUACUACUACAAGUGA